AUGCUGCAAAGAAAUAAAAGCUUUCAAUUGUUAAAGUAGAGACAGCUUAUAAUACUAGAAGGUUAGAAGCAAAGCUAAAAGAGUCUAGCUCUUGGUUCUUUUUCUAGAAUUAUUACUCGAGUUCAACAUACCUAUAUGUCGCUGGCAAUGCUAAAUAUAAAAAAGCAAUCUUUAUUCAAGAGAAAUCAAUAAAUGUUGUAUGAUUAAACUCUAGAAAACUUCAGUGAUUUGAUGUCUGACAUUUUAAGACAGAGAUUUUAUGAUGCAUUCUCUACUUUAAAGUAAAAUCAAAUACUCAAGUCGCAUCAGAGACAGCUUCUUAUCAGAACUCUUCUCAAAAUGCGAGGUAAAGCCUUCAAACAUUACUUUCUUUAAUGGAAAAAAUACUGUAUUAACUUGAAGGAAGAAAUAGCCUAGACUGAAAAAUUGUAAAGUUUAAGGUCUAAACAUUUGAGGCAAAUAAUAUGGAAGUAGUAGCUCAGAAGUAAAUCCCUCUAGUUUAACAAAUGGAGUAAGAUUGUGAAGCAAGUUUUUGCCAAAGAAAAGGUUUAGUUAACCAUAAGGGCAAUGGCAGCAGCAACAAAAAUUUUAGAUUUAUUUAGCCAUUACAGUAUGGUUCGUUAAUCCAUAGUAAAAUGGAAAAAUCUUUGUCAAUCAUAAGAUCAAUAGCAACUAGGGUUCUAAUUACUGAGUAAUCUAUUUCUGAAAAAAAUGAAACUUAACUUUAGAUCAAUUAAAUCUCAGAUCAAAAGAAGAAAAAAAGUCAAUAAAUCAAACAAAGUUAAAGCGAUUCUACUUAGCCAUGUUUUAGAGAAAAUUUAGCGUAAUAAAUAUCAUGCAGUUAUGUAGGCAUUUUUAGGAAACUAAUUGACUAAGCAAAAUGAGGUACUUAGAACAAAAAUAUCCCAGAAAAAGAACGAGAUACACAAUCAAAUUGUGCUUUUAACUGAGAAAGAUUCAAAGAUUAGGAAACAAGAAGCUUAUCUUAACAUGAAGGAAUAAAAAAUCCUUGAGUAAGAGAAAGAGACUAUUCCUAAAGUUUCUGUUGAUAUUUCAACUAAUCAAAGCAAAAGGAAUGAUCAAAUGCCUCUCCAGAGGGAUAAAAACAGAGUAUCUAAUCCAGCUUACUAAUCACUAGGUUAAUUACAAGGUUUAAAUUACGGUAAGGAAAAUGCCUAAAAAUCUGUAUCAUUGUCAUCUCAAGCAGUAACUACUAAUACAGAUAGAACCUAAUAUUAAAUACAGCAAUAGCAGUAAUAAAAUUUGAUUUAACAGUAGUAAAGAACAGCAGCUAAUGGUUAGAUUGAUUAAGUUUAAUUGAAACUAUACAGAGUUGCUUUGACUUAACUAAGUGAGAGAUUUAAUCAUAUUAGAGUUGAGUAAAAUCUUGCUUUUUCUUUCAGAAAGAUUAAAGAAUUUUCUAUCAGAGAUAGAUAGAGAGAGGGCGGCUAGAUCUUAUAUGAUUUUGUGACAAGAAAAUAACUAUCAGAAGCACUUAUCAAAUGGCUAAGGAGUGUAUACUAAGAGGAAAUUUUCUUGUAAUAAUCUAUUGAAGUGAAUAGAGAAAAGAAAUUAUUAAGAGCUAUUUUGAUAGCUGAGGGGAGCAUGAAAAAAGAUGAAGUAAUGCUAAUGAAGGCAUUCCAAGAAUGGAAGCGUAUUGAAUAUUAAAUGGUGCUGGAAGGACUUAAGAAAUAUAGCGCUACUCUUGAAAAAAAUGCACUCUCUAAUAUUCCAUAAAAACAAAACUAUCAAGGUUUUAUGACUAAAAUAAGUGAGAAAAGAUAUUAUAAGUGA